AUGCUUCGCCGUCCGCCAACGAUGAUUCCAAUGAGCGAUUCUGACGUUCAGGAAAUCCGCGAGCUCGUCGCGGAGCAAAAGACUCUGUACGAACAAAAACAAAAGACCCUCCUGCAGAUGAAGAAGGUCGCCGAACGUCCGUUCACCAUUGACGAUCCUCAGGCAGUCGCUUUCCUGAGAAUGAUGUCUGAGCGGGAGAAAACAAGGGAACGAGAAAAGGAUGAGAGGAAUAAGAGGCUAGGAAUUCCACCGGGUCAGAGUCAGGCUGGAGGACAGGACUCCUCGUCUUGUGUGUAUCUUUACUUCUUCCCCUCCCCCCUGUUUCCAAGAGACUAA